AUGUCGUCUGAGCCGAAGGCUGAUCCGGAUCCCUCUACUGCCACCACUCCCACACACGAGAGCAAUGUCGCACCUUCAGGCGAUGACUGGAAAGCUGGCAGAGCAGAGUGGAUGAUAAUAAUAGUCCUGGCCUUUGUAUCAUUAAUGGUGUCUAUUGAUGCUACUAUCCUUGUAACAGCGCUUCCCUCUCUUGCUCGCGCACUGAAUGGAACUGCCGUCGAUACAUUCUGGACGGGAACAUCAUAUCUCUUGACCGAAGCCGUCUUCCAACCAUUCGUCGUUGCCCUAUCCGAUGUGUUCGGUCGCCGCAACAUAUACCUCCUGUCCCUGGCUUUCUUCACCGUGGGCACGCUCAUCUGCUGCCUUGCAAACAACUUCAGGGAGAUGCUCGCCGGCCGCUCGAUCCAGGGCAUUGGCGGCAGCGGCUUGCUCUCUCUCGGCCUCGUCAUCGUCACCGACAUCGUCCCCUUGCGUCAACGCCCAACAUACGUCGGCAUCAAUCAGCUCUCAUGGGCACUGGGCACCAUUCUCGGUCCACUUCUCGGCGGUGUCUUCGUCGACCGUUCGACGUGGCGCUGGAUCUUCUACAUCAACUUCCCUUUCUGCGCCAUCGGUUUCUUAACCGUUCCCCUCGUAAUGCGCCUACGCGCCGAGCGUCUAUCUCUAAAGCAUCGAUUGCUAAACAUGGACUGGCUUGGAGGCGUUCUGUUCAUAGGAUCCUCUUGUAGCUUUUUGAUCGGCGUGUCCUGGGGCGGCACGCAGUAUGCAUGGUCGAGCUGGCGCACGCUUCUACCCAUCAUCGUCGGCGUCGUUGGAGCUGGGUGCACCAUCGUUUGGGAAGCCUACGGAACAUCCGCUCCGUUUCUGAGGUUGGAGCUAUUGAAGGGCCGCUCUGCUGCCAUGGCCUAUACUGGAGCAGUUCUCCAGGGCCUUCUGAUGUUCUGCGAGCUCUACUACAUCCCCCUGUAUCUCGAAUCAGUCAAGGGCUUUGGUGCGAUCCUGACUGGAGUGGCGCUCAUGCCGCUGAUAGGUGCUCUGCUCCCCGUCAGUGUCAUCGUCGGCCGUCUGAUGACACGAUGGGGGCGGUACCGCUGGGCCGUGUGGUCAGGCUGGGCGGUAACGUGCGCCGGCACGGGCACGCUGAUCUUGCUGGACCCCGACAUCCCGACCUAUGGCUGGGUGCUGAUCUUCAUCCUCGUCGGCAUCGGCCACGGCCUGAUCCUCAUGUCGCUGAACUUUGCCAUCCAGGCCAUGGCCGAGACGCGCAACGUGGCCUACGCCGCCGCCAUGUACACCUUCUUCCGCACCUUUGGCAUGAGCAUCGGCGUCGCCAUCGGCGGUGCCGUCUUCCAGAACAUGCUGCAGGUCCAUCUCGCCGACCGCGGCCUGCCUGAAGCCGUUGCUCAUGACGCUGAGGGCUUUGUGACGGUGCUUAACACGAUGCCCGAGUCGUCGAGUGAGUAUCAGCGAUAUGUUGAAUCUUACUCAGAAGGCUUUAAGAAUGUAUUUGAACUGCUCACUGCCGUUGCUGGCGUGGCCGGGCUUAUGAGUCUACUUAUCAAAGGGUUUACCAUGGACAAGGCUUUAGAUACGGAUCAUCAAUUGGUAGUUACCCGGGAUGAAAGUGGCCGUUCUCUCGCACAAGAUUAG